AGGCUGGUGGCGCGAGCUUCGGAAGCAGCGGGAGGCGCGUGCGCCAGACUGAGGACGCCCGAGAAGGAGCUCCGGCUUCACCGAUUUUCAUGGAUCUCCAUAGUGCCAGUAAUGUUGUUCUUCAAGUCUUGACCCAAGCUACUAGUCAAGAUACUUCUGUAUUAAAACCAGCAGAGGAACAACUGAAACAGUGGGAGACACAACCAGGUUUCUAUUCAGUUUUGUUGAAUAUAUUCACCAACCACAAUCUGGACAUAAAUGUGAGGUGGUUGGCUGUUCUGUACUUCAAAAAUGGAAUUGACCGCUAUUGGAGACGAAUGGCAGUACAUGCUCUGUCAGAAGAAGAGAAAUCUACUCUGCGUGCAGGACUUAUUGCUAAUUUCAAUGAACCAGUAAAUCAGAUUGCCACACAAAUUUCUGUACUGAUUGCAAAAGUUGCUAGGCUGGAUUGUCCUAGACAAUGGCCAGAACUUAUUCCUACCCUUGUAGAAUCUGUUAAAAUUCAAGAUGACCUUCGCCAGCAUAGAGCUUUACUUACCUUCUAUCAUGUUACAAAGACUUUAGCAUCUAAACGGCUUGCUGCAGAUAGAAAACUUUUCUAUGAUUUAGCUUCUGGAAUUUAUAGUUUUACCUGUUCCUUGUGGAAUCAUCAUACAGAUACAUUCCUUCAACAGAUUUGUGUUAGAGAUGAAACAACUAUGAGUAAUUCAUUAGAAAGAACUCUGUUAUCAUUGAAAGUGCUUCGCAAAUUGACAGUUCAUGGGUUUGUGGAGCCUCAUAAAAACAUAGAAGUGAUGGGAUUUCUUCAUGCAGUAUUUGUACGAUUAAAACAAUUUUUGGAAUGUAGUAAAAACAUAGAAACAGAUAAUGCCUGUAGGGAUCGGCUAGAAAAGACUAUAAUUCUUUUCACUAAAGUGCUUUUAGACUUCUUGGACCAACAUCCAUUUUCAUUCACGUCUCUAAUUCAGAGAUCAUUGGAAUUUUCUGUAAGCUGUGUUUUCACAGAGGCUGGAGAAGGAGUUGUUUUUGAGCGUUUCAUUGUCCAAUGCAUGAAUCUGAUUAAGAUGAUUGUCAAAAAUUAUGCUUAUAAGCCAUCCAAAAAUAUAGAAGAAAGCAGUCCUGAAACUCUUGAAGCUCAUAAAAUAAAGGCAUCAUUCUUUACAUAUCCAACAUUAACGGAGAUAUGCAGGAGGCUAGUUACUCAGUACUUCUUGUUAACUGAGGAAGAACUAACAAUGUGGGAAGAGGAUCCUGAAGGCUUUAUUGUUGAAGAAACAGGAGGUGAUUCUUGGAAAUAUAGUAUUCGGCCAUGCACGGAAGUGCUUUUCAUUGAUAUUUUUCAUGAAUAUAAUCAAACGCUUACUCCAGUUCUUCUAGAAAUGGUUCAUUCCUUACAAGGGCCCACCAACAUGGAUGAUACUCAUGCUCUUCUGAUUAAAGAUGCUGUGUACAAUGCAGUUGGACUAGCGGCAUAUGAACUCUUUGAUAGUGUGGAUUUUGAUCAGUGGUUUAAAACCCAGCUAUUAGCUGAAUUGCAAGUCACUCAUAACAGGUAUAAACCAAUACGGCGGCGAGUGAUCUGGCUAAUUGGACAAUGGAUUUCUGUGAAAUUCAAGUCUGAUUUGAGACCUAUAUUGUAUGAAGCAAUCUGUAAUUUGCUUCAAGAUGAAGAUUUAGUGGUCCGUAUUGAGACAGCAACAACAUUGAAACUUGCAGUGGAUGAUUUUGAAUUUAGGACUGAUCAGUUCUUACCAUACUUGGAAUCUAUGUUUACAUUGCUCUUUAAACUUCUUCAAGAAGUUAGAGAAUGUGAUACAAAGAUGCAUGUCCUCCAUGUUCUCUCCUGUGUAAUUGAAAGAGUCAAUAUGCAGAUAAGACCUUAUGUAGCGUGCUUGGUUCAGUAUUUACCUCUACUUUGGAAACAAAGUGAAAAACACAAUAUGCUGAGAUGUGCUAUUCUUACUACCCUAAUUCAUCUUAUCCAGGGUCUAGGAGCAGAAAGCAAGAAUCUUUACAGUUUUCUGCUCCCAGUUAUUCAGCUAAGUACUGAUGUUAGCCAGCCUCCUCAUGUGUAUCUCCUAGAAGAUGGAUUAGAAUUAUGGCUAGUAACGUUAGAGAAUAGUCCUUGCCUAACUCCAGAGCUGUUGCGAAUAUUCCAGAACAUGUCAGCUCUUCUUGAAUUAAGUUCAGAAAACAUCCGAACUUGCUUUAAGAUCAUCAAUGCUUAUCUUUUUUUAUCUUCAUCUGAAUUUCUUCAGAUCUAUUCAUCUGAUCUCUGCAGAUCAUUUUGUGAGAUCUUAAAAAAUGUAACUACUGAAGGUCAAGUUCAAGUUCUGAAGGUUGUUGAAAAUGUUUUCAAAGUGAAUCCAGUGCUGGGUCCUGAAAUGUUUCAACCUCUUUUGCCAUCUGUGGUUCGUGGAAUUAUACAGGGGGAGAGAUACCCAGUUGUAAUGUCAACUUACUUGGGAGUCAUUGGUAGAGUCUUGUUGCAAAAUAAAAGUUUUUUCUCAUUGCUCCUAAACCAGAUGGCUUGUGAAUUUAACCAAGAACCAGACCAUCUCCUUGGGCACAUAAUUGAAAUGUGGGUUGAUCGCAUGGAUAAUAUAACACAGCCAGAGAGAAGAAAGCUUUCAGCUUUGGCUUUGCUUUCAUUACUGCCAUCAGACAAUAGUAUUGUCCAAGAUAAAUUUUGUGGUAUCAUAAAUAUUUCAGUUGAAGGGUUGCAUGAUGUUAUGACUGAAGAUAUAGAAACAAGAACAUUCAAAGAUUGCAUGUUGAUGUCUAGUUUUGAAGAACCAAAAGUGAUAGAAGAAGAAGAGCCACCUACAGAACAGGACAAAAGAAAAAAGAUGCUUGCACUAAAGGAUCCAGUACACUCUGUGUCACUGCAGCAAUUUGUAUAUGAGAAACUAAAAGCACAGCAGGAAUUGCUGGGAGAACAAAGCUUUCAAGCUCUUAUGGAAACUGUAGAUACAGAAAUAGUUGCUCAACUACAAGACUUCUUACAAGGAUUCUGAAUAAGUGGAGACAAAGCUUGUAUCUUCAACAUAGAGGCAAACUGAACAGCUUUUCAUCUCAUUACAAAAUCGCUUAAAUAGGGAGUUUGAAACUAAGAGAUGGCUCAGCUUUUUUUAAUUAAAACACAAUAGAGAUAAUAUAUACUAUUUCUGAUAGUUUUACUGUCUUUUUCCUACAUACUGUAACCUAUAAUUGAAAAACUUGCAAAAAAAGAUUCUCUAAACCUAGAUUUUUAAUUUACCAUUGGCGGAAUGAUGAUGACUUUGAACUCAGAAUCAUGAAUUCUUCUCAAUAAUAAUAAUAAUAAUAUCUACACAUAUUUUUUCUGUAAGGAUAUUAGCUUACUUAGGUUGCCUUAUACUAUUGCUAACUAUUAAAACUGCUAUAACAUGUAAGAUUUUAAAUUAAAUUUUGUAGUAGGAAAGGAUGUCAAGCAGUCAAACAGACAUAUGCUCCACAAGCAAUUCAGCUGUAUAAAUAGUGGAAAGUAUUACUGUGAUUUCCUCUAUGGGGAGUUGAAUACUAGUCUUUUGCAUGAAAAGAAGUAAUGAAGUCAUUCUGUUGUUUUAAAAUUAUUUUGUUGAACCAUUUACAAGAAAUUAAUUUGGUUUGAUUUGAUUUUAGAUCCAAGAACUGUUUUGAUCAAUGCUUUUUUCCUUUGAUAAUCCAAUUGAUCUCUGAUCUCUUUGCAAGAUGAAUUUACAAUAUGAUUUGAAUAAUUUUUUAUUGUAUAAAGAUGUUCUCUUCAAAGGGUUAAGAAUAGUGAACCCUGUACUAUUUUUAUGUCUUAACUGAAUUAUUCUAGGAUAAUGCUAAAGGUAAAAUAUUAAAAAUUUCAGAAGAGAACUUAAAGAUUGCAGGUCAGGGAGGUGGGUUGAAAAAGAUUUUGAUUUGAAAUAUUAUAAAAAAAUAAAAUAAAAAUGAAUAAAAUAUGCAACUUCUCUUUCUCUAUGUUCCCUGGCCCAUUUCACAUUUUUCUCUCACGUUUCCUAUUUUAAGGAGAGGCACUUUUUUUAUUUUUAGGCAAGGCUUCUUAUGCCUGUCUAACUUUCGUUGUAAGGAUUUUUUAAAGUACAUUUGACAAAAUACUAAUAAGAUUGUAUAAUACAAUAUGACAACUAUAAGUAAUUGAAGAUUACUUAUUGAAGAAGUGAAGAUCUGUAAACUGCAGGUUAUUAAGUAUACUAAAUUCUAAUGUUUUCAAAUUAUAAAACUAAACAUUUUAAUUAAUUUUUCCAGAAAGAAAUAUCUUUUGAUUCAUUUUGUGUUCUUUUCUAAACAUAAAGGGCAUAUCGGUAAUUGAGAAUCAGUGCUUCAUUUAAUACACUUGUUGCAGAUAUAAAGAAUGGCAGUGCAAUGCAUAUUUAAAUAGUAAAAUUGUCAUUCAGUAUUCUGUAUUACAAAUCCCAUCACCUUGGAUAUGUCUGUAAUGUGAAAAUAUUGCAGGAUUAAGACCAUAAUGAUGUAUUCCAAAUCAAUAAAAUCCAAAA